GUCUCCACAGCGCCCCGUGGUUGCUACUGAAGUUACCAUUAGCAACUGGGCAGCGCCCGGUGGAGCACAUCUCACCGCUGUCGAUGCUGUCCUUGUAAAAGCAGUACUUCCAGCUCUCCUUGAUUUUAAUAACAAGUCAAGGCAUUGACAGAGAAGUGUAUCAUAAGCUGUGGAGAUAUUGAUGAUGCUGACCAUUUUUAACACGUCAAGUUGCUGAAAUUGGCACUACCAUGUUGCCAGGAGUCGGUGUAUUUGGCACCGGGAGCACAGCCCGAGUGCUGGUCCCAUUAUUGAAAGCUGAAGGCUUUGACAUUCAUGCACUCUGGGGUAGAAGUGAGGAGGAAGCGCGCUGCUUGGCAAAGGAGCUUGGCAUCCCAUUUCACACCAGCCGAUCUGAUGAUGUCCUUCUGCACCAAGACGUCGACCUCGUUUGCAUCUAUAUUCCUCCCUCGAUGACAAGGCAGAUUGCGGUCAAAGCACUGGGUAUAGGUAAAAAUGUCGUGUGUGAAAAAGCUGCAACAGCUGUGGAUUCAUUCAAGAUGGUUACAGCAGCCAGAUACUACCCCCAGCUGCUCAGCAUUAUGGGUAAUACCCUUCGCUUCCUACCAGCUUUUGUUGCAAUGCGCCAGUUGCUGGUGGAGGGUUACGUUGGUGAAAUCCAGGUGUGUGAUGUCCGAGUCUACGGCCCAAGCCUCCUGGAUCAGUCAUAUGGCUGGACGUGUGAGGAGUUGAUGGGAGGAGGCGGCCUACACACUGUCGGCUCUGCCAUCAUUGAUCUUUUAAGUUAUCUAACGGGUGCACGAGCCCAACGUGUUCAUGGUUUACUGCGGACAUUUGUACAACAGAACGGCUUGAUCAGGGGCAUUCGCCGCGUCACCAGCGAUGAUUUCUGUUUCUUUCAAAUGUUGAUGGGUGGAACUGUGUCGAGCUCUGGUGGCGUGUGUUGCACUGUGACUCUGAACUUUAACAUGCCGGGGUCAUUCCUGCACGAGGUUAUGGUUGUUGGUUCAUCUGGAAGACUGGUCGUCAGGGGGACCGAGCUGUAUGGUCAACGCAAUGGGAGUAAAGGUGAGGAGCUGUUGCUUGGUGACAGUGGGUGGACAGGACCCGAGGUGAGAGAGAUGCCCCUGCCUCACCUGCAGGGGUUGAGCGCGAUGGUAAAAUCACUGAGACAGUCUUUUCAGUCUCAUGAGGAGCGCAGGUCAUGGGAACGAGGCCCUGUUGCCAUGGCACCAACAUUUGAGGAUGGUCUGUAUGUGCAGACGGUGGUGGAGGCGGUAAAGCGGUCCAGCUGUUCUGGAGAAUGGGAGUGUGUGGAGAUCAUGAGUCAAGAGCCAGAUCCAAAUCACAACCUGUGUGAGGCUCUGCAGAGAAACAAGAACUAAUUAUUUUUAAACACCAGGUGCAACGCUACUACAAAUCUAAGCUCUGAAUGUUUCCCCUUAACUCUGCUGCUCAGGCAAUUUCCAUGAUAUGACUACUUUCUGCUUUAACAUCUGAUAUAAGAAAACACAACUGUGUGGGGAAUAUCUUUACUCUCUCAGUUUUUAGGUUCAUACACUAAGUUAGAUGAACACAGCUCCAUUAUUCUGAUUCUCAACAGAAGACUUUAUAAUAUACAAAUGUAUUUGUGUCACUUGUCAAUAUAUUAUUCACCUGUCCAGAAAACAGUCACAAUCAUUGUGCUCAUUCACUGAAGCUUGACUUUGGAGAGGCAUGACUGCAAAGUUCCCACUGAAAAAUAAAGGUAAACAUCACAUGUCAGGUAGAAACCAAACAAAUGUUAAGGGCGAGUCUGUCAUAUUUGAGAUAAGUUGCCUGCAUACAUCUGGCUAUUUUAAGAAGGAUGUAGGUUUUUGUAUUUUCUUAGCUCAACCGUCAUCCUUGUAGUUGGACAAGAGCACGGCUCUUUCUUAGGUAUGAGGAAGAUUUUUUUUAAUGUCCUCUUUUAAGGUGUUUUUUGGUGGUUAAAGAGUUGGAGAUUGUUAUACACCAAUGCAUUGUUGACAGUACAUCAGCAGUAGCUGUUUUUUGAACAGAACAGGUUUGAGUUUUGAGUGAUAAGCAGACCAAAGGUUUUUGUACUUAAUCAAUUCAAAUAUUUUCACUUCUUUAACAGAUUGACCCAAUUCAAUUUGAGACAAUAUUUAUAGCUUACAUGUUGAUUUAUUUUUGGUGUUUAUUUAUUCACAACACUUACAGCACCUUAUUCUAAAAGGAAGAGUUUACCUCAGACAGAAAUGUGAAUGUCACAACAGGUCAAAGAUUUGACUAACAAAAUCCUCUCUCUGUGUGAAGAGUGUUGACUGGCAGAAUUUAAAUGACGCUCCACCCGAGCUAAGCCUCUGCGAAAUGUAGAAUAAGAAUAAUGGAGCUGUUUAGAGUUUACUUUCUGAUUUUUUUUAAUGCGUAAGAUGCAAUUUUUUAAAAGUGGGGAUGAUUGUAUGAGGUGCUUUUGGGUAUUUGUCUUGUGGCAUAUAUAAGAAACCAGGGAUUAAGUUAAAUAAGCUAUGUAGAGUAAAAUAAAUAACUUUAAUUUUUUAGCGUUGCCCCUCAAAAAAUUCCUGAUUCUGAAAGGGAUGCUCAAUUUUAAAUCUUAGAAGAUGUACUUUGAGCCAAAGUGUGAAAAGUUUGUAGUUUCCUUUUUUGCAGCUGUUUAAGUGAGCUCAAGUUCAUGACGGAUUAAAGUUUUCACAUGUUUUCAAUGUGGUGGAAAAUAUAUCUAAACUUCAAACAAACACUCAUCAUCCAUGUGCUCAGUCAUUUUUUCACCUACAUGUACUACAUGAAUUUAAAACUGCUUCAAGAAGCAGAUAUUCUGGUCUGAUUUUCCUUCAGAGAAAUAGAUUCAUGUAGAUGUUCUGUCUUUUUUUUCUGCACUUGAAAUGAAUGGAUGGUUGUCCUUUCAAACAAAUUCAAAUAGUCCGUGAAGAAGGAAACUACCACCUUUCACAGCC